UUGUAGCUUUGUUGUAGUCUGCUGUGCUGUUUACAGUGUUGACUUUGACUACUGUUGAAGUGUUGACACUCUUGACUGUUGUGCAGUGCAUUGUGGACAGUAGAGUGCACUAUUUUUUGUCGUGGUAUUACUAUUUUUGCAAUUCAUUCGCAAUAUCAAUAAAUUUCCAUCAUUAUAAAGAUUAGUACUCUCAUUUAAUUACACUAGAAAUAUAUUUUUUAAUAAAUUCACUAAAUUUCCUAUAAAACCCAAAAUUUAGAGGUUAUGAUUACAAUUUUAAAGCUUUCCAAAUGUUAACAUCCAAACUGAAAAUUCUCUUGUGCAUGGUUCUUAUUCUCAAUUUUCUUUCUUGUUACGUCUAUGGAGAAAAAAAUAAAAGUAUACCUUCAGCAGAUGAAGUUACUCCAUAUCUACCGUAUGGACCUUACGUGAAGUGUUCUUUUCUGCCAAUGGAAUUCAUUGAAUGCGAGGAUCUUGUAGACCAUAAAGGAAAUAGAACAGCUAAAGAGGAGGCUGGCCAUGGUUGUGUUAAGUUUGGAGGAUACCGAUUUGAAGAUGUUGAGAAAGCCAAAGUCCAAUGUAGUGUUCUGCCAGGAAUUGAAUGCUAUGGACCAAGAACAUUCUAUAAAGAUGGUUUUCCGUGUGUCAAAUACAAGGGCCAUUAUUUUGUGACAACGCUCAUGUACAGCAUUCUGCUGGGUUUCCUGGGAAUGGACCGCUUUUGCCUGGGACAGACGGGCACUGGAGUCGGCAAACUGCUCACUCUGGGCGGCAUAGGCAUCUGGUGGAUUGUCGACGUCAUUCUUCUUGUAACCAACGGUCUACAACCAGAGGAUGGUUCCAACUGGAACAUAUUUGCUUAAUAGCUGUGAUUUACGAAAUCCUCUCAGUUUUCUAUAAAAGGAGUAUUAUUCUUUGGUGCAAUAUUGACUCCUUAUGAAGUGAUCUUACAAUAUAAAGUGAAAUAGAUUAAUAUAAACUCCUUAAAAUUACUUACGGUAUCAAUUCAGCCAUCACAACUAUAUUAAAUUCAAAAAUUGCUAACAGUAUAACUAAUGGAAAAUAUCUUCUUAUCCUUCCAUAAAUAAUUUGUUUUUAAAUAAUAUGAACAAAACAUUACUAAUGGAAUUGAUUUUGCAUUGAGAUAUGUUUAAUUCUACAUCUUAUGUUUGAUUUCUAUACAUUCUACAAUGAAUGACUUGUGAUAAUGUUUUUAUAGGUUAGAAUAGUUAUUGUAAAUAUCUUUUAUACUUUGCAUUUCUCUAGAAUAAAAUACAAUCUGGUUUCAAGGAAA